UGUUCUAGUGAUAGCCGAGUCGCUUGGUCGAUAUCGUUGCAUUCGGACGUGUAGUCUCCCGAAUGAAGACAGACCCCGACUCGUGUCAUUUUCGUCCAUGUUGACGGACAAAGUCCCGCUCUGUUGGACUCGCCAAAUAUCCGUCGAAACAAGUGAAUCUCGACCAUUGCGAUAGAGCCCGUUAUAAUCUUAUCCCAGUGAACCUACUACAUUUCCUGCGUGAACUAAAUCCAACUCACACACACACACACACUAAAAUGGUGACUUCAUCGCUGACUGUACUCACCGUAGCCAUGGGAGUGCUUAACAUUGGUAGUCGGCAUCAAAGACGUCACGACAACCGAGACAGCAGUUUGGGCAGCUCGUUUCGUCGAAAGCAUUCGACUAGGUCGCCAUCGACGGGCGAAGCCGGCGGGACCGGAGCGUCCGGUUCGGAAAGGAGACGGGAGCGGAGGCAGAGGAGAGAGAGGAAACCGCUGGAACAACAGUCGACGACCACGACGACAGCCGUCCAUCGCCGUUCCCCUCAUCACGUCUCACCCAUCCAGAGUUCCCGUGCCCCAUCGGUGGAGGACGACGAAGACGGACAUCUUCUUUACCGAAAUGGCGACAUUCUCCAGAAUCGAUAUCGAGUGCAGGCCACCCUGGGCGAGGGCACCUUUGGUAAAGUGGUCAAAGUCAAAGACGUGACCAAAUCCAGGGACGAGAGCUUCGCCUUAAAGAUUAUCAAGAAUGUCGAGAAAUAUCGUGAGGCGGCCAAACUGGAGAUCAACGUGCUGGAAAAGUUGGAUCGCAAAGAUCCCGAAGGCAAAUUCCUCUGCGUCAAGAUGUUGGACUGGUUCGAUUAUCACGGCCACAUGUGCAUCGCCUUUGAAAUGCUGGGCCUUUCCGUCUUUGAUUUCCUGAAGGACAACAACUACCAGCCGUACUCGUUGGAUCAGGUGCGUCACAUCGGCUACCAGUUGUCGUACGCCGUUCGAUUCCUGCACGACAACAAGUUGACCCACACGGACUUGAAGCCCGAAAACAUUCUCUUUGUCGACUCGGACUUUGACAUCUCCUACAACCCCAAAAAGAAAAGGGAUUACAGGCGAGUGAAAAGGACGGACGUGCGACUGAUUGAUUUCGGCAGCGCCACUUUCGACCACGAACAUCACAGCACCAUCGUCUCGACCCGCCACUACCGCGCACCCGAAGUCAUUCUCGAAUUGGGAUGGGCGCAGCCGUGCGAUGUCUGGUCGGUUGGCUGCAUCCUCUUUGAACUUUACUUGGGCGUGACCCUCUUUCAGACCCACGAUAAUCGUGAACAUUUGGCCAUGAUGGAGCGCAUUCUCGGUCCCAUCCCCUACAGAAUGGGAAGGAAGACCAAGACCAAGUAUUUCUACCACGGCCGGUUGGACUGGGACGAAAAGAGUUCGGCCGGUCGCUACGUCCGUGAAAACUGCAAGCCGCUGAAACGCUAUCAAGUGUCGGAUGAAGAGGACCACGUCCUCCUCUUUGACUUGAUCCAGCGGAUGCUCGAGUACGAGCCGUCGCAGCGGAUCGCCUUGACGGAAGCUCUCAAACAUCCGUUCUUCGACAAGAUCGCGCCUCACCUUCGCCUAGGAGCCGACCGAGUGGACCGUGAACGCAGUCAUUCGCUCUCCAGAUGACUGACGAUGUCAUCCGUGUGAUGUGGAGAAUUUAUUAAAUUGAAAAUUGCGUUGAAUAAUUGCCCCCCUUAUUGAACUUUUCUCUUAUAUCCUACACGCCCCUCCUCCCCCUCCCCUUUAGCCCAUCACUCCGCCUAACUUCUUCUAAAUACCAACUCCGUUUUUUACUAUUUUUCGUUGUCCAAUUUUUGUCUCUCGUUACUCACAGGCAGGCCGGACACAGGGGAUUAGACACUAAAACAAAACAAAAGAGAAUGUCGGAAGAGUCUCCCAAUGUUUCGGUUGGCAAAAAGACAAAAAAGAGACAAACUGAACUGAAAUGUUUAUUCCUUUUUUGGAACCCUGACCGCCCCCAUACAAUUUUGUUUAGGAAAACUUUUGUUUCUGUUGUUUUUUUUUCUUCAACUUUCGCUGAAAUGUUUCGACCACAAGAUGAUACGCGGUGAAACACGAUGGCGAUUGUUUGUUUGUGUGUGUAAAAGCCCUGACAAGCCAAGCGCGACAAUUAAGGACAUCAAAUGAAAUUGGUGAUUGAGAGAGAAAAAAGAUUCAAAUCUGCUCCUCGUUGUCUCCUGCUGAUGCUGUUGCCGUUCGUGUGGGAUUAGGAAAGAACGUGACUUGCUCCUCCUCGUCGAUCCUCUCCUUCUGCCCCUACUCCACACAUCCAUCGUAAAUAAAAAAACUAUUAAAGGAAAUAUUUGAAUUGACAUAAUCUUUCACAAGUCCCAACUCUACAACUACUAGAUGAUUCCCACUUUGCGAAUUUCUUUUUCCUUUCUUGCCAGUCCUUGAUUUAGUCAUGAACUGUAAUAGCUAAUUAUCAAACGCGACUUCCAAUUUUGUUUUUGUUUUUCUCUCUUUGGUUCUGUCACUUCUGUGCCGGACAGCCGUGAUGUUCGCUUGACGAUCGACGUUUUUUCCUUAUUAUUAUUAUUUUUCUUAUUUUUUUUUAUUUUUUUUUCAUUUGUUUGUGUGUGUCACAUCACCUUUACAACUUCCCCCCAUGUGUUUCCUCGUCGACGACUAUGAAUAAUAAUUGAGUAAAAACAAUUGAUGAAUAAAAUACUUGGAAAACUGAAA